CCUGCAGGUGUUCGGUCCCAUCACGGUGCUUUUGUCUGUUAUGGGCGUCUGUGCUGCGUCUAUGGACCUCAAGACUCUGCUGAUGGUGUUUUCGGCCUUGAUAUUCGUGGAGUUCGUGGCUCUGAUGGUUGUUGCCUCUCCGCUGGUUCAGGUUCAGGCUCAGAUGGACGGUGCGGUGGACGAGGUGUUCCUGAACGUGACUCCUCUCCACAGAGUGGAGCUUUACAUCCAGAGUGAACUAAACAAGCUCCAGGCCUCCGACUCUUGUUGUGGUUUGAGGAGUUUUGAGGACUGGGAAAAUCAACUUCCUGUCACAUGUUUGUGCACACUGCCCGCCGCCGAGCAGCCGAGCUCUCAGUCUGAUGACUACAGCUCAGAGGGGCCAUGUGUGAAGGUCGGCACUGACCUUCACCCUCCGACCUCACAGGCCUCAGGCCAUCUCUGGGUUCACUCCGAGCCCUGCGGCCCCAUCCUGAAGAGCUACCUGAGCUUCCCCAUCAAACUCAGGAUAGGAAUCAUUUCAGCCGUCGCCACCAUUACGAUGGCGGCCAUCGCUCUCUGUCUGACGUUGGGUCUGGAGGAAUACUGGAAGAAGCCUCCGGUAGAAACUACAGUCGAUGACUUCAACAGAGUGAAAUACCAACCCAAGCCCUGCCUCACCUGACCUCUGACCUCUGACCUCCGACCCCUCACCCAAAACCAAUUCAAACUGCUGGCGACGAUCAGGAGAGGAUCAAUAAAACUCUCUGAGGAUCUGAAAUUUAUUUUCAAAAACAGCAUAUUUAUAUUUGACCGAAUGAAAGUUUAAAGAAAAGAUUAAAUCGUUUUUUUAUUAUUUCUGCUCUUGAACAAAUAUUUGAAAACUUUCAUUUGAUGUUUAUCUGAUUAUGUUUGCAAAAUUAAAGACUGCUGUUAGAACUCUAAAUGAAGAAGGAAAGGCAGCUGAUUGUGACUGACUGUUGUGCCUUGUGCAUUAAUAAAUAAAGUUUAUUUUAUCAGUGA